AUGCCGUCCUUCCUCUCCUCACGACCACCCUACCUGCAAAAAGCAGAUGAAUACUACACGACCCCUUCCAAAGGCCAGCCAUAUUCCAUCACCCUAGCCGGCUCCGAAAAGCCCGAGCGGACUGCCGUCUAUCGCCAUCACAAAUGUCGCGAUGGCCUUCUCCAAACCCUCGAUCCGGCCGUUCGGACUGGCCAUGACAUGUUUGAAGUCACCGCUCAGAGAUACCCCCAUUCGCCCUGCCUAGGAUUCCGUCCCUACGACACGGCGAAGAAGACAUUCGGGCCCUACGAAUGGAUAGACUACGAGACCGUCCAGAAGAGAAGGGCAAACUUUGGCGUGGGGAUUGUGGAACUACACGCAAGAGAAGGGAUCACAGGCGCGCAAUAUGGCGUCGGUCUGUGGUGCCAGAACAGACCGGAAUGGCAGUUAACCGAUCUUGCUUGCAUGUCCCAGUCUUUGUUUUCCGUCUCGCUCUACGAUACCUUGGGUCCGGACACCUCCGAAUACAUCAUUCGGCAUGCCAAUCUUGCCUGUGUCGUGUGCUCUCUACCGCACGUUCCCACCCUGCUGAAGCUGAAGCCACGACUGCCCAACCUGAAAUUCAUCAUCGUCCUGGAUAACCUCGAGACCGCGCCGAAUGAGAGACCUGAGUUGUCCAAGCAAGCGCUGCUCGACACGCUCGCCGCAGAUGUCGGGCUGAAGAUCUUCUCGCUGGAGACGGUGGAAAGCUUGGGCGAGUCGUUGAACCGACCGUACAACCCGCCCCAACCCUCUGAUCCGAUCACUAUCAACUAUACGUCUGGCACGACUGGCUCGCCAAAGGGCGUCAUUCUGACACACGCCAUGGCCGUGGCGGCUACGUCGUCCUCGUUGGUCUCGUCAAAGCUCGAUCAUACUGGAGUGGCCUGCAGCUACCUGCCUCUGGCCCACAUCUAUGGUCGACUCCUCGAGCACACUGCGCUCUGGGCGGGUUCUCGACUGGGCUAUUUCCACGGAAACGUUCUCGAGCUUGUGGAUGAUCUCAAACUGCUUCGGCCAACCACCUUCGCUUCGGUGCCGAGACUGUUCAACCGGUUCGGCGGAGCAAUCAAGGCCCAAACCGUUGAACAGCCAGGGUUCAAGGGUGCAUUGAGCAGACACAUUGUGCGCACGAAACUCGCCAAUGCAGACCCGGCACCCAGGUCAAAAGGUGCUGCGCCGCCCACGCCGACACAGUAUCACAUGGUCUACGAUCGAAUCUGGGGCCGCAAGGUCGCUGCGGCAAUCGGUCUCGACCGUGCAAAGACCAUGGUUUCGGGCUCCGCCCCUCUCGACCCUUCUCUGCAGCAGUUCCUGCGCGUCGCCUUCUCGACCAGACUCUUCCAGGGCUACGGCCUGACCGAGACGUACGCCGUUGCGCUAAGCCAACCCCCCGACGACUUCAGUGUAAGCAACUGCGGUGGGCUCAUGCCUUGCCAGGAAGCAUGCCUCCUCAGUGUCCCGGACAUGGACUACACGGUGGAGGACAAACCGUACCCGCGGGGGGAGUUGCUCCUGCGCGGUGGAUCGGUGUUCAAAGAAUACUACAAGAACCAAGAGGAGACGGCCAAGGCAUUCACAGACGACGGCUGGUUCAAGACCGGGGACAUUUGCAGCGUGGACGAGCUCGGGCGAUUCAGCAUCAUCGACCGGCGCAAGAACGUGCUCAAGCUUGCCCAAGGCGAGUACAUUUCGCCGGAACGGAUCGAAGGGGUCUACUUGUCAUCGUGCACCUACCUUGCCCAGGCGUUUGUGCACGGCGACAGCUUGCAGACGUUCCUGGUGGGCAUAUUUGGCGUGCAGCCCGACACGUUUGCGCUGUUUGCAUCGAAAGUGCUGGGCCGCGAGAUCGCCCCGACCGACGUCGCCGCGAUCAAGGCGGCCUGCGACGAGCCCAAGGUCAAAGCCGCGGUGCUCAAGGAUCUGGAUCGCGCCGGCCGCAAGAAGAAGUUUGCCGGCUACGAGCGCAUCCGGAACAUCAAGUUGGCAGUGGAGCCCUUCAGCGUCGACAACGACCUGCUCACGCCCACGCUGAAGUUGAAGAGGCCCGUGGCCGCGAAACGUUUCCGAGAUGUGCUGGAUCAGUUGUACGCCGAGGCCUUGGAUGGGGAGAGGGUCAAGCCGGCCAAUGCCAAACUCUAG